UGUGUGUAUGUGUGUGUGUGUGUUCAGCAGCAGCAGCAGCAGCAGCUCGUCUCAGGCAGCAGACGGCGGCCCAGCUACCGCUUUCCUCUUUUCAUUUCCAUUCCCCCUACCCUUUGAUUUUUUUAAAAAAUUUGUUUCAUAUAUAUUUUUUUACACACUGGUUCCUUUUUUUUUUUUUUUUUUUUAAACCGUCUCGAAGACAUGUCCGCCAGACCGGGAUUUUACCGGCAGGAGCUGAACAAGACUGUGUGGGAGGUUCCGGAGCGGUACCAGAACCUGACGCCGGUGGGCUCCGGAGCCUAUGGCUCGGUGUGUUCGGCAUACGACGUGGUCUUGAGGCAAAAGGUUGCGGUGAAGAAGCUGUCCAGGCCUUUCCAGUCCCUGAUCCACAGUCGCCGCUCGUACCGGGAACUCAGGCUGCUCAAGCACAUGAAACACGAGAACGUAAUAGGGCUGCUGGACGUCUUCACACCUGCGGCAGCAUUGGAGGACUUCAACGAGCUCUACCUGGUGACUAACCUGAUGGGUGCCGACCUCAAUAACAUCGUCAAAUUUCAGAGGUUGUCAGACGAGCACGUGCAGUUCCUAAUUUACCAGCUCCUCCGCGGCCUCAAGUACAUCCAUUCUGCAGGACUGAUCCACAGAGACCUCAAGCCAAGCAAUGUAGCAGUGAACGAGGACUGUGAGCUAAGGAUCCUUGACUUUGGAUUAGCCAGGCAGACAGAUGAUGAGAUGACGGGAUAUGUGGCGACUCGCUGGUACCGGGCGCCAGAGAUCAUGCUGAACUGGAUGCACUAUAAUCAGAAUGUUGAUAUUUGGUCAGUAGGAUGCAUUAUGGGAGAGCUGCUGAAGGGAAAAGUCCUUUUUCCUGGCACUGACUAUAUUGACCAGUUGAAGAGAAUCAUGGAGGUGGUUGGGACGCCGACACCGGAGCUGCUGAAGAAGAUCUGUUCUGAACACGCACAGAAGUACAUCCAAUCUCUGCCCUUCAUGCCGCAACAAGACCUGGAAAAGAUCUUCAGAGGAGCAAAUCCACUGGCCGUCGAUCUGCUGAAACGCAUGCUGGUUCUGGACUGUGAUGGGAGGAUCUCGGCCAGCGAGGCCUUGUCCCAUCCCUACUUCUCACAGUACCAUGAUCCAGAAGACGAGCCGGAGGCCCCACCUUAUGACCAAACGCUGGAGAGCAAAGACCGAACUCUAGAAGAAUGGAAAGAGUUGGUAUUCGAAGAGGUGAACAGUUUCAAAGUGUCCGGAGGCAAGACUGACAGCCUUCAGGUGGAGCAGUAAGCCUCUACCUACAGAAGAACCACGUACUCAGUAAAUGAGAGAAGGACUGUGGAAAAGCAGCUGAAGUAUCAUGUAUGACCACCUGCCUGUUUAUUUGAGCAGAAGGUCAGAACGGUCUCCACGGGAUCAGAUGCACACAUUACAAUACAGGGAGGAUUUUAGAAUUAAAUAGAAAAAAGAAAAGAAAAAAAAAGAUCUUUCCGGUGAUGAAAGUUGCUUCCUGUUAUGUUUCCUCUCACCGCGGGUAAAAUGAGGAACCGUUCAACGCCAGGGAUCGCAGGGGAAGUGAGGAUUCAUACAAGGGAGCAACUUUGUGCAACCGAACUGUGUUUACAGACUGACAGAGAAUCGAAGGGAGGAAAAAAAAAAUGCACACUAGGAUUUCCAAAGCAACGACAGGAACGCUGUCCCAUCCCUCAUCAUGACGAAUGCCACGAACAGUCAAUAUUCAUGUUUAAAGGCUUGCAGCUAUGCCAUUUCACCUCACGGAACUGCUUAGCAUUUAGCCUGCGUGCAUGAUUUUAUUGUUACAGCAUAUAACUGGUACUGUAUUAUAUUGUGUCUGUCACACUGGCGUUAAACCAGUUUGGAGGGUAAGGGAGAGGCAUCACCAGGAAACUAUGAGCAACUAUCAACCUGUUCUGUCUUUAUGAUUUCUGUAAAAAAAAUAAAUAAAUACACAAGCUACUAUUCUUCUACAGUUGGAAAUAGUAAACAUCAACUGUGCUAUUAAUUAGCAAGGUAAUUAAUACAGUCAAAGCUGCGGGCCUGUGUUUACAGCGUGACCUUGCUUCACAUAUACAGUUUCGGCUGACGGCCAACAGCUGAUCACCUGCUGGAUUUGGCACUGCUCUGUUGAGUUUCCAUACUUCUCCGGUGUCUUUCACAGCCCCAGUUUUUGUUUACAAUAAUUUGAAUUUUUUAAAUAAUUAGAAAAAGUUCCUGGGAGGAGUGUGCUGAUGCUGGAUAAUAAUCUCUUGCCACUCCGCGCAAGCAAGAACUGGCCAAACACCACAGGCUCUUGAGUCACGUAAGGCAGCCAUAUUUGGCUGUUUGUCGCAAGCUCAUUAGUCAUCUUUCAUAUUACCUAAGCUUCCUUUAAGCUUCAAUAAUGCUCGGGUGAUACAAAGGAAACCGGCAGUGUUCUUUACCUCUAGAGUGUGACUGCAGUUCACAUUGUACAGAGUGAUCCUGUCAAGCAACACCCUAACAUUUACAUAAGACAUGUGAGUUUAAUAUAUACGCAGAUGAUGUGUUGCUACAGACUGGAGUUUUAGUUCCCAAAAUCUUUUUGCUGAGGCUGAAAUAAUCUGGUUAUAUUAAACCACAUGCUAGCAGUGAAGGUGAGGGAAAAUGUCACAGGGCGAAACGCGUGUAAAGUUAUGUGCGUCACGCUACCACACAAAGAUAAAGUGUUUACACUUGGUUACCACAGCACAGAUUUGCUGAAAAAAAUUACAGUAUGAAGUUGUUAAUCUGCAUAUGAGAGGAACAACAGAUGAAGAAGCACUUUGAAACCAGUUACAUUUUUCAGUGAUUAAAUGCUCAUAUAUCAGAGGGUUGACCUCGAUGCUAUCUGGAUAUACGUUAUGCUGGAUACUUACUUCAGGUAUAAAGUAGAUAUAAGCGUUCUAGGUCAAUUUGAGGCUUAACUGAACCUCUAAUUGCAAGGAUCAUCCUCUAUUAUGUUGCAAUGAAGCUCUGAUUUUAGCUUCGCCUGGUUAAAUUCUAGCUAGGUUUAAAUCUGUUAUAAUUCUAACAUAGUUUGAAUUUGUAAUUUGAACUCUAAUGCUGCAGGUACAUGAAGUAAAGUCAGUAUUUUGAGAGAUAAAACGCUGCUAGAUAAGUUAAAAAUGAGUUGUAUUUUAAAUUUUAUCUCCUCCACAGUUGAGUAAACUGGGUUCUUUGACCGUUAGCUAAAGUUUAACUCAACCAAUGAGAUUAUUUCUGCCUCUAAGAAACGCAACUAAAAUGUCAACAUACCACCUGGAAAUCUCUUUGGCCAAACACAAGAUAAGAAAUUUAGUCUUUGCUUUUUGUUUCUGGAUUUUUGUUUACACUGGAGUGCUCCAUGUUGUUGCUACAGGUUGUCCACUACCACUGGAUGCAAAAUGUUGAAUUUCCAAAUGAAUCAAAAUGGUGUGUGUCAGUCAAAGCGUGUUAAAGCUUUCUGAAUGUUUAAGUGCUAUGUGCUACUGUGGAUGUUGUACACGUGGUGAAUUUGAAUAGCAAACUGAAUGUAUAUGUAGACUGUAUGUAUGUAUGUACCGUAUGUUAUGAGUUAGAAGUGACUUUUAAACACAUGGUGGCAUGUGGUUUUACAUGUAGCCAUGAGUUUCAGAUCACUCAAUUGAAUGUCAGUUCUCAGUUUUCAAAGGACUCGGAUGACUUUCUCAUUCAUCAACAGGUAACUUGCAAGUUUUGGCUUCAACAAAAUAAACACUCAUUUCUG